AUGACCGUCAUUCUGAUCAUCCUGGCAGCAGCCAUUACCCAGAUCAAGGCAGUGUCCAUCUGGCUCUUCAUUGUGAUGUAUGCCCUGACUUUCUUCUUCGCCAAUUUUGGCCCCAAUGCAACCACCUUCGUCACCCCUGUGGAGCUCUUCACAACCAAGUACCGCUCCACUCUGCAUGGCAUCUCUGCAGCCUGCGGCCUUUGCUGCACAAUCUUUGUGCCUGAGACCAAGGGCAUGCACCUGGAGGACGCUGCGCUCCACUCCAAAUCCCACUUCAGCCAGAUGCUCUCCAGCUGCGGCAUUGAGCAGGUGAAUCCUGCCAUUGAGGACAUUGCGGCAGAAAGCAACGCCCCAGCUGUGGCUGGCCUUAAGGAGCAGAAGUUGGAGGCCUGA